CUUCAUCUUCGUCUUCGUUUACUGCAAUAAAUUAAAACCCUAAAAUUCACACCUUCCCCUUUUUCUUCCCCUCAGUGGAACACUACACUGCUCUGGCCAAUUUCCAUCGCAAUUCAAUACGCACCGUUUCAGGACGCACAAGCUCCAUCGGAGUAGCCACCGUUUCCGGUAACACUCACUGUCACAGUAGAAACUGAAUUCAAAUGGGAUCCGAAGCAUUCCAAGCAGUUACAAUCUAUCGCCAGCUUCUGAAGGCGGUGAAGAAGCAUAUUGGGAAGGGAGAAAGCAAGAGGCAUUUUUCAGAAUUCGUAACCAACGAGUUCCGUAAGAACGUUAAUCUCAAUGAUGCUGUGGCUCUUCAGCAGAAAAUUAAGCUUGCCCGUGAUUAUACUCUUCUGCUUAAUGGAGUGCACCAUCAAAAGGAUUUGCUUUUCUCGUACAAUAUUGCAGUGGAUAGAUCAAAUGAAGUACAAAGGACUCUUGGAAAAUCUGCUGCAAGUGUUGGUCUUCAGCUUCCUGUGGCUUAUCAGCCAUAAUGGUUGGCAGUGUUAAUUUUUGGCCAGUAUGGAACAUACCUCUGCACUUCUACACAGAAGGGGUUUUCAUGCAUUUUUGGUGAUUUACCAGCCCAGUUGGUUUUGGUUGGUUGUUAGUUUAAUGAUUCUGAAUGAAAAAGUUUUGUAGCUAUUCAUCAAGAACAGAAACUUGUGAAGAAAAAGAGGAAUAAGGAUCAGAGCUGAUGAAAAAAUUGUAUCAUUCAUGCAUUAGUUCAUUUCUUUCUAAUAACAAGAACUAAUAUCAGUUUGUAAUAGCUCUGUGUUUCAGGCUAAGUAUAUGUCUUUUCAUGUGUUAUCACAGCAACUAUUAACUUGCUCUUCCUGCCCAGUUAUCUUCUUUGGGACACAUAUGUUGUUAUCUGGAGAAUUUUUAGUU